AUGGGUCUACCACUAUGGGUUGAGCCUGACGAGUCUGGCUCUCGCGCCAAAACAGCGCCGAAAUCAUCUACUGAUCCCGCAACUGGCCGAUCUCCAAUUCGCCGCUCAACUUCACCGCGUCGCGCUAGCAGUUCUAGAAAUACUGACCGACGCCGUCAACUACGCGAGAUUCGAGCUCAGCGUCUUAAUAUGCUCAUGGCGCAGCAAGCCAAUAAUGCCGAAGACGAAUUAAACCUCAAUGGCCCAGCUGCUAUCCCCGAGAGCGGUUCCAACCCCUUUCGCGUUGUAACCGCACCACAGGCACUACGCGCUCCGGAUUCUGAGGUUCCUAUCGACCUAGCUGCUUUCUUCCGCCCUGUUCGCCCUGGUCGCCUUGUCUACGCACCUCACCUUACUCGGGAAGAUCAUACCCAAGCUUUAGAUGGUUCUGAUGAUGACGAUGAUGACGAAGAUGAACUCCCUACCCUUGAGGAAGAGGGCGCCCCCAAUUCUACUCGGGUUGGAAAUACUCAACCUACUCGAACCCUUCGCUCUAACAGAGGUGACAAUGGUACAUCGCCAGCCGAUUCAGAUGACUGGGAGCCCUUUCCACCUAGGGAUGAUUAUUAUCGAAGCCGUUCUCGACGAAUUUCGCCUACAACAAGAAUAAAUCGGUUUGUAGAUCGCUUUGGACACCUCCGCGAAGAAGAUCGAGAGUUUGAACCGACCCAGGACCGAGCAUCUGGCAAUCUCAAUUCUCCUGGUUCAAGCAUGGAUCAGCACAUUCAUACGGCAUUGCGAGAGAUGAACGACCGCCGACGCCGAUCUGGUGUCGAUCGACGUCGAGCACAUCGAGUUAGGUAUGUCGAUGGAUUGGGCGAUCGAGACCGCAGUCUAAGCCCAGAGGGGGAUGGGGUUUGGUCUAUCCUACAGUCAACUUUAACCGUCGAUCCUCACCCACCUAGUGUUGGUUCCUCGUUUGCUUCUACUACAGCUUCGACUAUAGCGUCUCUAAAUCCUACUGUUCCUUCAUCUCGUACCUCGAUUACUAGUCCGACCGAAGAGACCGAACCUCCUUGUGACCCUGUCGGCGAGCCGGAAGCCACUACCGAAGGUAGUAGUGCUGAUAUUCAAGGAACGGAUCGUUCUAGACGGCCGACACCUCAUGGUAGACGAUCAUAUGCAGCAGUUGUUGCGGACACAUUAUCUGGCACAGGGCUUUCAUCUGACGAUCCCGAAUGGCUUUUGGUAUGCAUCGAAUUGUCAGCGGGCUUGCAUCUAGACAGGAUAUCCCUGACGAAUGGUGGGAACAGGCUGGCCUCAGCCGUUCGAUGUCGUUGGGAUGGCCCCUUUAAAUUUUGA